GAGCCUCUCACGCUGAUGGCCGUGUCCUUGCCCGCAGCCAUUGAAGCCAUGAAGAAUGCCCACCGGGAGGAGAUGGAGCGCGAGUUGGAGAAGAGCCAGAGGUCCCAGAUCAGCAGCAUCAACUCGGACAUCGAGGCCCUACGACGACAGUACCUGGAGGAGCUGCAGUCGGUGCAGCGGGAGCUGGAGGUCCUCUCGGAGCAGUACUCCCAGAAGUGCCUGGAGAAUGCCCACCUGGCCCAGGCGCUGGAGGCUGAGCGCCAGGCCCUGCGGCAGUGCCAACGUGAGAACCAGGAGCUCAACGCCCACAAUCAGGAGCUGAACAACCGCCUGGCUGCGGAGAUCGCACGGUUACGGACGCUGCUGACCGGGGACGCGGGCGGGGAGGCCGCUGGCUCCCCGCUCACACAGGGCAAGGAUGCCUAUGAGUUAGAGGUCUUACUGCGGGUCAAGGAGUCAGAAAUACAGUACCUGAAACAGGAGAUCAGCUCUCUCAAGGAUGAGCUGCAGACAGCGUUGCGGGACAAGAAGUACGCUAGUGACAAGUACAAGGACAUCUACACGGAGCUCAGCAUUGUGAGGGCAAAGGCUGACUGUGACAUCAGCAGGUUGAAAGAGCAGCUGAAAGCAGCGACGGAAGCACUGGGUGAAAAAUCCCCCGAAAACACCCCUGUGUCGGGAUACGAUAUAAUGAAAUCUAAAAGCAACCCGGAUUUCUUAAAGAAAGACAGAUCCUGUGUCAGCCGGCAACUCAGAAACAUCAGGUCCAAGUCCGUAAUUGAGCAGGUCUCAUGGGAUAACUGAAACGAGCCCGCUUCCAGGUCCCCUGUCAUAGUCUGAAGGAAGGCCUGACGGUGCAAGAACGCUUGAAACUCUUUGAAUCCAGGGACUUGAAGAAAGACUAGCCGUGUCCCGUUCCACUUGAACACACACCGUUCCCAGCCUGCGGCAGCGCUGCCCUAUACCUUUAUUUUUUAUUAUUAUUGUUGUUGUUACUGUUGUCAUUAACUGUGGGUAUGGAUGCAUGAGAGACUGGUUUAUGGGUUGUUCACACCGUUCUCUGCUGUGUUGAUUCCAGCUUCCUAUGUCUUUGUCAAAGCUUUUCUUUUUCCGUGGUAUUCUCAAAUUAGCCAAGCAGCGGGGGCCAGGAGGGCUGUCCGCUCCCGACCGGGGUCUGCGCAGAGCCCCCACCCGCCGCAGUCCACCGCACUCACUGUCAGUAUUAAGGCCCAGCAGCCUGUCGCUAAGCUAGCUCGUCCCGCCAAGUGCACUGUGCGGAGUCAGGGCCCGGGCGGCUCUCGCUGUGCUGCGUGUGGGCCCCGCGGGGAGAGAACAGGGCGUCAGGUGGCCGCGGGAGGAGCAGGUUGGGGGGCGUGGUCCGCAACCUCCAUUCACCACCUCUGGCUUGGGAGAAGGACAGCACUUUGUACUUGUCCCACUCCUUCAGCUUAGAGCCACACCCAGGUCAUCGUGGGGAACCUUUCACAACCUGGAAAAUGUCGAAAGCAGCCAUUCCUAUUUCUGUUUGUUUUUUUAUUAAAUCUUGCACAAAACCCCGGCCCCUCUCAUUCCUUCCUACGCUCGUUCCUUUCUUGGUCACUAGCAGCCCUGGUCUUUUCGUAAAGACUUAGAGUGUUGACCUGCAGCCCGGGGUUUCAGACUGAGCACGUCGUUAUGAAUUCCCUCGGGUAGUCAGUCCUUCGAAGGGAAAGUCUGUUCGUGUCUUGAACCUUUCUGAAAGCAACCUGCACAUUCCUUUUGAGAAGGCUGAGGGAAGACCCCUGUGUUAAGUCAAGAAAGUACAGAGGAUGUCGGAAUCAGAUGAAAACUGCCAUUACAUGUUUUUAACUCUAACCUGAAAAGUGCUCUUGCAGCAUUCAGAGAGCCCAGAGUAAACCUAUACUAACAAAGUUGCUUUUUCUACCCGUCAGAGUAAGACCUUUUAACUGUCCGGAAACACUGCAGUAGUUCUCGAGAAUCUCCUGCCCUGGGGUUUGUGUCACGGCCCAGGCAAGUGGCAGCCGUGUUGUGGCCCUCGGGGCAGGCGGGGAGCGUCGCCAAGGAGGGUGCGGGGGGACCUGUUUUGAUCUCGCUGUGUCAGCGCCUCCGUUAGGUCGGCAGGCCCUGGGCACAUGGGUGCUUGGGGGUGAAAAUGGAGAAGUCACCGUGCUCGGUCUCUAGAUUCAGUUAAGACCAGGGUCAUCCGCGGAAAGCCCUGGAAGGGCCUGGGGCGUGCGGCCUUGUCACUGGAAUAAACUCGGAGUUCUCCACGGGCAUCGAGCCUUUCCCUCACCAGCUUCCAGACUCUCACCCCACACCUGUCACUCCUUUGCUGCUAUUCUUCCAUGUUGUCCAAGGCAAGAGAAUGCUAGGUCUGGUUUUUUAGUUCUGCUUCUCAGACACCGCUCCUCGCACCACCCCUUGUAGACUGGUCGUGUUUUUAGAAAGGACCAUGAUUUUGUGUGUGUGCCGCUCAGAAUGGGAGUGUAGAGAAGGAGUGCACGGGCCCUGGGGCCUGUUCUCUAGAACACUGUUCAGCGUGUGUGUUCUCCACGGCGGACAGCGACAUGCUGUCCAGCAGGAUCUGGCCUCUGCUCAGGCUGUCUUGGCACCGUGACCUCACGUCACCCCUUGGAGAAGUCCCCGCAUCUAGUGCAGUUUCCUCUGUGGUGGCCCCUGCUGCCUUGGGGACUCCGGCCCUCCCGCCUUCCUGGCAGGGUCCCUGCGCGGAGUCAGACUGUGGCCGGGGGGUGAAAUCUGCGGCGCUUUGAAUAGGUCGAAGAGCACCUUACGUGCUUGUCAUCAUCGUUUCCCCUGGAGGUCAGACGUCCGGAAUUGUGGGAGCAGGAGUUGAGGGCGGCCCGUGGAGGUCGAAGGCAGAGACAGGGAAACACCUCCUACUCGCCGCAGAGACAGCUGACGGUGCUGGGGCGGCUGCCGUCUGGGGGUCACCGGGAAGGGGACUAGAAAUGGGGGCACUCUGGCUCCUCUCCAGCAAAAGGCUGAUCCUGCUGCAGCCCCCAGAAAAAGCCCCGAGCGUCGCAGGGUCAUGACCGCUGAGGAGCCUGUCCUCUGGCUGGAGGGAGCAGGCAGAACAGAGCAAAGAGGGGCUUCGCUGAGCUCCUGGGUGUCGCACCCCAGCCCCCGCUGCGCUCCCCGGGGAAGAAUUUAGCCACCAGGUUCCUGAGAGAAGAGAGUAAAAUUGUGGAGGUGGACUGGGUUUCUGUGCUGGUAGAGAAGGGUCCUUCGGGGGCUGCAGAUGGGGUCGUGUAGGUGAUCGUCAACUUGGGGCGCCCCCCACCGCCCCCGGUGCCAACCACGCGGCAGGAGCGUCCCCACUGCCCGGGGGCGGGGGGGCGUGAGAACACGGGUAGAGUCUUCACAGCUGUGUUUCCCUCCCUGGGCUCUAGCUCAUCUGUAGCCCGCUAGCCCCUGCAAGUGAGCCCUGCCAGGCACGUGAAGGGGCCAAGGACACGGCUGCACAGGUGUCGUGGGCGCUGCCACGCGCGCAAGAGCCGCCCUCCGCCGCUCGCUCAGGCUCGUUGGGUGGCAUGCGGUGCCGGCGCCUGCGGGGGCUGAAGGCUGCCGUUCCGGGGGCACUGGCUGGCUGCAGCCUCCCUGUCGGCGCUGUGGCAGACGGAGCACUUUGCCUUUGGAAGUGGGAGCUUGCGCCUCCGGGCAUCAAGAUGGGUCUGAAUAUGAGGGAGGAAGUUAGGGCCAACCUGGGGUGACACGCGGAGGCCAUGGUGGGAGGUGUGCGUUUGUCCGGAGCCGCGAUCAGAGGCCCCUCCGUAGGAAUCCAGCAAGUGGAGAGGCCGAGGCCGAGGGAAGGCCCGGGCUCUGGCUCGUUAAGUGCAAUCUAUCACUCGUUCCCUGGCCCACAGCGAGCCAUCGGGGGCCUCACAAGGGCCAGCCUGGGAAAGAGAGGGAAUUGCGGUUUUUAACAAACAUAACUGUGACCCUGAGUCUGUCUAAAGGGGAUUCUGACAGAUAAGGCCAGGAGACAAGACCAAUGGCAUGAGAAACAUCUUUAGAGAUCAGUUUAAUAUUCUGGAACACUAACUGCUGGCCUGAGGAUGGAACAUGACCCUUUUUGUCACUGCUGCCUGAUGCUCCCCUUGGCAUGCCUGUUUUUAAGUUCGUCCUGGGCAUGAGGCCGCGCGUCAGGCCACCCCUGCCGGGCUGGAGCUGAGGGCGCUCCCUGAGACCACUUCUCUCUGGCCAUAAAAUGACAGCUGUGCCAGGGUCCCCACCGGCUCGGUGGCUAACCCCCCAGGUCUGUUCCCCACUCCGACAGGCCAGCAGGCAGUGAGUUUCUCUCCUUUAAAAGGUCCCUUCCUCCCGCACUUGCUAGUAACUCCCCGGCUCAGGCCAGCCCCCGGCCCCUUCGGCUGAGUGGGCCUGCAGGCUCUCCCCCGCCUCGGUGCCUGCCUGCUGGCUUCACACCUAGCCACGUACCGAUUCUGGAUUCUGCCGCUCAGGCCCUAAGUUCGGAGGCAGUUCUUCUCCAGGGACUCAAAGCUGUUUUCAGUUAGAGCGGAAAGAAUGUAACCCAUCAGCCUGUCCUCUUGAAUGUAAGAGUAUUCUUGAAAGGAAGUUUCCUCCUCGUUGUCCUAAAGCAGCUUGGAAUUUUUUAACACUUUCCAUUCUAGGACACGGUUUCAGAAAGCCAGAAAACUAAAACAGAACUCGGUGACCCCCCGUCAUCACCAAGAAAGCCUGAAGGGGUUGAGGGGGGGGUGGAGUGUAUUUUCAAAGGUUUUACAAAGGACAGGGAAGUAUGUAGUCCUCCGCUUGAAUCAGAUACUGAAAGGAAAACAGCUUGGCAUGCUAAUUAGAAGCUUCACUUCUCCAGAAACUUCAGUCAUUUGUAUUCCCUCCCACCUGAACACUCUGAAAUUGAGCUAUGGCUGAGUUUUCUGUUAGGCAGGCAUCUGCUCUGUCAACAGGUCUCACCCUUCACCCCGAUGUGUCCCCACUGGGCGGAGUGUGGCGAGCGGGUCUCCGUGUCCAGCACUGCAGCCCUGCCCUUCGCACGGGCUUGGGAACCGGCUGGUGCUGAAGCCUCUGGAAGUUCCAGUAUUGGCACCCUGCUUUUUCCCUCUUCCGUCCUAGGCCCCCCGCCUCCACCCGUUGUUGAGAGGGGAAGCCCUACCUCCUAGCCCUGCUACAGCACUUGGCCUCUCGACCGGCGAGUGCGAAGGAGCAUCAGCGGGUUGCCACACGCUUCGCACGUGGGGCUUUCUCGGCUUCUCCCUGCCACCAGAUCCCUUCAAGGGGUGAGCUCAGACGUUGCACGUCGAAUCCUGGGAAAGGUCUUUUUACCCACCUGAGAUCAGGUCAAAAGCUGAAGUCCUUGGCUGUUCUCGGCACCGAGUAGGACACUGUGGACACGUCCCUUCUUCAUGGCCACAUCUGCCCGGUCCUCAGAGGGCUCUUGGGACACGGGGCCCCUCGUCCUUGGCCUCGGUGCUGUGUGGUUGCACAGCUGGACACACACUCUUAGCAAGCUCAUGCUUUCCACAGUUGAAGAUUUAAGUUAAGAAUGAGCCUGAAGUGAGUCUAGUAAACCCGCUGGUUUGGGGCCCUUUGCUGGGAAGCCGUGACACGCAGGCAGGAUGGAAAUGAACAGUGUCACUGUCCCCAAGGGCUGUCUGCUGGAGGAGACCCAGCCUCAUUCUUGUGCCCUUUUGAGAACGAGUUUCAAGUAUCCUUGUUUCUUUAUAAAGGGAAGAGGGCUCCCUUCUCGAAGUGUUCCAACAGAAGAUGCUCGGCAGAGUAGGGGGAACAGGUCAGCACCCCUGCCCCUGCGUAGGGAGCCAGGACCACCUGCUCAGACGCAGCCUGGGCCCUUGUCCUCCACGCGUCCACACGGGCUUUGGGAAGAGAAGCCACUGCGUGCUCUGUGUGGACGCCAGCCUCUCUCUAUUGAAAAGCAGCCAUGUUUAUUUUCUUUAAAAGAACCUGUACAUUAUCCAGAGCGAGCGGUGUAAAUAUUACUGGGAAGUUACCGCAGGGAUUUUUUGUUUGUGACAAAGUUUGUGUUGGUUUAAAAAAAUAAAAUCCUAUGCAGACCUCCCUCCGUAAGCUGGCGCGGACAGCUUUGGGUACAACCUUGAACUCCACCCAGCAUUAUAAGGAAAUGUUUUUCAUGGCUGAUGUGUCUCUUUAAAAGCUGUGGCCACUUCACGGGGGGGCGGGUUGUAAAGAGUGUAUGACCGUGAGCACAGUCGGCUGCAUCCAUGCCCUGUGCACGUGGCAAGAACACCGUGAUGCUUGCCACCAGACCCCCCCCCCCAAGACCCCCCAACCCUCCAGGGAGAGCAGCACAGGGAAGAGGGGCCGUCUUCCCCACACCCUGGCCAGGCUCAUGGAAGACUUGGAGGGAGAGGUCAUUUCAAACACAGUUGUCGCAGGACCGGCCCGAACGGGUGACCUGUGAGCACUCGCCGGGCCAGGCGUCUUCAUCUCAGCUCCCGGGUUCUAUCGUGGGACAGCGUCAAGGGCGGCAACCUGGCCAUGUGGUCACACCAUCUCAGAACUGGAUCGUCCUGUCCUCAGGCUGAGCCAGGAGGGCAUGCAGGUCUCGAGGGGAAGGGACGCGGUCCGUGGGUGCUGGUCGUGGGGAGGGGGGGCGGGGAGGACGCAGUUGGAACGCCGCAAAGGAGCGGAGUUCUGGAAAGGCAGUGGUCGCUGGACACAGGGCACCUGUCACCUGUCCUGGGCCUCGGUUCUUUGCCCUUCAAAACUAGCAGCACACAUUUCAGUUUUGUUUUAUAGGAAGCUAGAAAUAGAUCAUAUAAAGAACACUAAAGUCAUUAUUGUGUCACGUUUCUAUCACAAAACCAAUUAAAGUGGAUUUUAGGAUUUACCUUUAGUAUUAACGACUUAUCUACUGAUGUAUUGUUAGGACUUAAAACCAGUUAAGUGAUAAGAAUUCAUGUGGUUUUCCUAAGUAAUAUUUAUAAAAUGUAAAGUUUCUAAGUGACUCCUCAGCAACUGUAAUUCUUAGUAACUUUUCUCACUAGUAGAUUCUUCUCUUGGCGUGAAUGUCUCCGGUCAGCUCCGGGGGACACCGUGCCGGCCGCGGGGGGAGCGGACGCACGGACAGGGUGCAGCGUGUACAUACCGUUUUCUGCUCUGACAAGUUGGGAAAUAAUCCACAGCAGAGACUUCUGCCACCGCGAAUUCUCUCAGCCGUCCGGUGAUACUCAAACCACAGGCUUGUAGGAGUCUAACUGGUGUUUAAUUUCUGUAAUAACGCGAAGCGAUAACGUUCACCAAACCCAAGUGCUGUGCGGAGGCAAGCAGAGGCUCGGGGAGUGCGAGCGGGUCCUGCAGGCCCACCUGCAGGUGCAGUGGGGCCCCGGGGCGGGGGGGCAGCUCCCGUCAGUUGCGCCGUGCUCCCCAACAGAUGAGCCUGGCCGGCUGAGCCGCCCACCCUCUGUGACAAGUCACGAUUGUGAUGGUGUCCUUGCAGCUGUUUUUUUAAUUAACAAAGUUUCUGAACGACUGUUCACUAUAGUUUGAAGUGUUACUUUGUCAGAGUAUUUAUUCCUCUGUGUGACAUGCUAGAUUCCCGUGGAUGUAGCUGAUCAUUUCUAUUUUGUAAAUAUUACCUAACUUUACAUAAACUAUAUCAUAAUAAACUAUUUUUGCAUCACCCUU